AUGUGCACACAGACCGACCUUUUUCUACAUAUAUAUAAGAAGAAAACGAACGAGAGAUUUCAGUCACUUCCAUAUGUGAUUGCAAUGUUUAGUACAAUGCUUUGGAUUUACUACGCAUUGGUUAAAAAAGAUGCUACUCUUCUUCUUAUCACCAUUAACUCCGUUGGAAUUGUUGUAGAAACUGCUUACCUUGCUAUCUUCCUGUUUUAUGCCCCAAAGAAGGUUAGGUUUUCGAUGAUCAAGCUUCUCGUGUUGCUGAAUGUGUUUGGGUUUGGAGCUUUGCUAUUGGCAACUCUAUACCUAUCUAAGGGAGCCAAGCGUCUUUCUAUCAUUGGAUGGAUUUGCCUCGUUUUCAACAUUAGUGUUUUCGUUGCGCCUCUCUUCAUCAUGAGAAAAGUGAUAAAGACGAGGAGUGUGGAGUACAUGCCAUUCGCCUUUUCCUUCUUCUUAACCAUCAACGUCGUUAUGUGGUUCUUCUAUGGCCUUUUCCUCAAAGAUUACUACAUUGCUGCAAGCUUGUCAAUGGAGGUAGGUGAUGGGCAACAGACUCGAUUCUGGGAGGAUGUGUGGCUUCUUGGUGGAGCUCUAAAAGAUCGAUUUCCGAGGCUCUUCUCUGUUUCAAACCAGGAGGGUUCUGUUAUUGGGACUUGUGGGUUUUGGGAUAGGCUAGAGUGGAUUUGGAACUUCCAAUGGAGGCGUGAGCUAUUCCAAUGGGAAUUGGAACUACUGAACCAGUUGCAUGACAUUUUGACACCUGUAUGGCAGAAGGAAAUGCUACCAGAGGAGAUAACCAGUUUCAGCUUUACUAGGAGUAUUUGA